UAAAAUUUUAAUUUAUAAAAUGAAAUAGUUAUGUCAUGUUUAUAAAUCUAUCCUAACGAUUUUGUUUAUGUUUCAUCAUAAAAAACAACGAAUUAUACGUUUGAUAGCACAAUGAACCAUUAAUAUGCAAAAUUUUGUAUAUAAAGUGAUCGGUAAUCUUGAAAAUCAAAUUUUACAAAAACACACUCGCACAAUAUACACAUGCUUGAAUAAGACAUAUUCCUGUAUGACUUUUUGCAUUAGUCAUGCUCGAAUUAACAAUUCUAAGGAAUUUUAAUUCUUAAUAUUAAAAUAUUAGGAUAUAAUGUUGAUAAAAACGCAACAUUGUACAAGCUGUCCCUGAAAUAAAAAAUAGACAAAUUAAAGAAGCGUAUUUUUUAAACGAUUUAUCCUAAUAUUUUGCUUGCUAAAAAAUGUACUCAAAUAUUGCAGUUUAAUUGAUACAAGUUUUUACUUUCACUUCUUGGCUAUAUAUAUAUGUUCGUGAUGUAAUCAUACGUGCCAAUACUAAAAUAAGACAGGUUGUAUUGCCAUUUCAGUUCAGUGCCACUGCUAUCAUCACGCAAGUCCGAGUCAUUCAUGAUCUCGAGAGAUUUUUUGUAACAACAAUAUUUGUCUCACUUUAUCGAAGAAAAGAAGAAAUGGACGAAUUUAAUUGUUUUUACGAUAAAUUAAAGUUUGACGAAGCUUGUACAAAUGUAAUAUCCGAUGAUAGCAUUUUUAAUGCUUGGCUUUAUUCGCUCUCUACAGAUUGCUUAUCGUGUCCCUAUAAACGAAUAGCACCAAUUUCAACAAAUGUCAAUUUUAGUUUAAAAUUUAAUACGAUUAAAACAUUAAAAUGGAGAAUAUUAAACAAUAAUGGCAAUGAUGAAUAUAUUUCUGCCAAAAAUACAAGCGGUAUUGUGUGCGAACUGUUGCCGAAUCUAGGACAAUACGGUUUAUACGAACUGGCAAUACAAAAUAAAACUUGUAGUUUUAGAACUUUGAAAAAUCCAACGUAUCCAUAUUCAGAACUUUUUAUUGUUUUGGGAAUAAUUGUACUUAUCUUAUUUGGCAUAUCCACUGGAAGAUCUUUAUGGUACAUAUUUAAAAAAAGAUGCGUGAAAAGCGCUGGAAUUUCAGCGGAAGAAUUAAAUAAAGGACUAAAAAAACGUCGCAUACAAGCUAUCGAUACAUUCAGGGGGGCCAGUACUCUUUUCAUGAUUUUUGUUAACGGUGGCUCCGGUAGUUACACUGUAUUAGAACAUACAACUUGGAAUGGAAUGUUGCCGGGAGAUUUAGUAUUUCCUUGUUUUAUGUGGAUUAUGGGAGUUUGCAUUCCUAUAGCCUUGUCGGCGCAGUAUAAGCGUGGGCUUUCAAAAUUUCAAAUCAGCUGUUCUAUCUUAAAGAGAAGCUUUCUUCUAUUUUUCAUAGGCGUUGCAUUAAACACGAUAGGAACAAACGUGCAACUGGAAAAUAUACGCAUAUUUGGAGUUCUUCAACGAUUCGGGAUUACUUAUUUAGUUGUUGGAUUAAUAUAUCUUUGUUUUAUACGCCAACAGCCAAAAGCUGUUCAGAAUUUAUCACGAAAUUGGAUAGUGCGUGAAACGCAGGAUAUAUUAAACAUUUUGCCAUGUUGGUGCGCAAUGCUAAUUCUAAUAAUCAUACAUUGCGCUUUAACAUUUGGUCUUCCGAUUCCCGGAUGCCCCACUGGGUAUCUUGGGCCAGGCGGAAGACACGAAGACAGUAAAUAUUUUAACUGUGCCGGGGGUGCGGCUGGAUACAUCGAUAAAAGUAUAUUGACUUUGAAUCAUAUUUAUCAAAGACCAACCAUUGAUCUCGUUUAUGGUUCUGGGCCUUUUGAUCCCGAAGGCAUUUUGGGAUGUUUUAUGGCGAUAUUUCAAGUAUUAGGUGUACAUACUGGUGUAAUUCUGAUGAUAUAUAAAGAUUGGAAAGAACGUGUCACCCGAUGGCUUUUAUGGGCAGCAUUGUAUGGUUGUUUGGGAUGCGCUUUUCAUUUUACCAACGUUAUACCAGUCAAUAAAAACUUGUGGUCUUUGUCAUUUGUGCUCGUUUCCACCGCGUAUGCUCUAGCUUUUCUUUCUGGAUUUUACUUGUUAAUUGAUGUUACUAAAGUUUGGCAGGGUGGCCCCUUCAGAAUACCCGGAAUGAAUGCGCUGGUAUUAUACGUGGGUCACAGCAUAUGUCAAAUCUUUCCAUUCCAUUGGAGGAUCGGCGCGAUGGAUAUUCGUGCUUUGUGCUUAAUUGAAUCGAUCUGGGUUGUAAUUCUUUGGGCAAUUAUAGCAUACAUUAUGCAUCAUAAACGAAUAUACAUCACACUUUGAAUUACAUCUAUUUAUAGCUUUU